AUGAACCGGCACUCUCCUAUGUUGUACCUCAUACAGUCAAAAACGGUCAUAUUGUGUGACCGUCGCAUUCAUGCCGAAUAUGUAUCAACUGCUAAUGAAAUGCCACCAGCGUGGGUAUCUGUCUUGCGGGAGCAUCACAUUCAUAGUGAAUAUGCACCAAGUGGUAAUGAAGCACUACCGAGUUUUUUUUUUCUUUCUUUCUUUCUUCUUUACCUUUUCUUAAUAGCUUCCUUUCUUCUUUCAGUUUCCUUUUCGUCUUUGGUUGUUGUUUUUUUGUUGUUUGUUUUUUUUUGUUUUUUUUUUUUUUUUGGUGGGGGGGUUCGCGGAUAUUACUUCUCAUCCGUCGUCGUUUUAACUAUCUUUAACUUCAUGAUUGUCAUUAUUUGGACUGUUUUUUCUUUUCCUCUUGAACUUUUUCUUUCUUUCCAUCGUUUCUUUUACCCCUUUGAACCUACUUUUUUUCGCAUUUCAUUUUUUCUCGAGAUUUCUUUUGCCCUUUUUUUUGUAAAUGUCUUCAUUUUCCCUCAUUUACGGUUUCGCCGGCUUUCUUCAAUGUAUUUUUUUUCUCUCUAUUUUUUAUUCUUUCCUAUAUUCUUCCGUUUUCAGCAGAGCUUAUGUCUGUUGCUUUCUUCUUUGCAUCUCAUUUUUUUUUCCUUCAUUCUAAUUGAUUUCAGCAUUUUCCCACUUUUUCUUCUCUUUAUAGUUGCCUUCUCCUUCAUCUCCAAGUCUCUAUGA